CUAUUUUAUAAGUACACUUGCCUUUCACAAUGAGAAAGAAGAUACUUUAGUGUCAAGGUUUGUGCUAAGAAUUUUAGAACUAUCGUCAAGUUUCUUUUUGGCUAAACUUUGUAUUAUUUAAUAUGAUUAUAAUGAGUAUCUUUUAAUAAUAUAUGUAGAUCAUUAAUAAUUAUUAAUGACUAGUUUAUUCUGACCUUCACACCUGGAUUAAUUUCUCAAUACUUUGACUUAUCUCAUAAAGCUGGGAAAAUAUUUUGAUGAAUAUUCAACGUAUCAAAAAAUUUGAAAAAUAAGGUGGUAAGUAUCGAAUUUCUUUAUUUCUUCCUCUAUAUGUAUAACACUAUCGUGCUUCACAAAAGGUGACGUAAUUCUUGCCAAAUACAUCAUAUAUUUCAGUCAUACAUUAGGUGCUUUCUUUGAACAUAUACAAGGCAUCCUAAAGAAUAUUUGAUUCAGUUUGCUGUAAGGGGUAAGAGGGCUAGCAGCAUAAUUUGAUAUCAUGUCGAAUUAAAUAAGGGCUAUGAUAUAAAAAAAAACUUUUGCUUAAACAAUCUUAAAUACCUUUUUCCCAAGUUUCCUUUUUCCUUUAGGAAAAUGAUACAGCUUUACUGAAGGAAACAGGCAAAGUAUCAAAUCAUUGGAUUGCGGACACAAAAUCAAACACAUUCAUCAAGCAGCACAUAUCAUCAGCAAAGGUGUCAGAUCAUGAUUUAUUUAAAACAAACAUAAGUCUGAAAUUUCAGAAACAGGAUAUGACUAUGAAAAAAAGAUUAACAUUGAUACGCGAAAAAUGUUUAUAUUAUAUUAAUGACAGUUAUUGGCAGAAAUUUCGGCAAAGUGGAUUCGUUCUUGCCUACGAAAGAAAACAUAUAUAUUUUUGCAUGGUACCAAAAGCCGGGGGUACAUUCUGGAAACGUAUCAUGAUUUAUAUAGGGAAAGACUACCCUGAAAACAUGACGAUCAAGCAACCCUUUGACAUCGAUAGACACUAUGUUCAUGAAAGUAAAUUUAACAAUCUUCAAACAUGGAGUGUGCAAAACCCUAUUACGAGGAUGUUGAUGUCAAAAGGAAAAUCGUUUAUGUUUGCGCGAGAUCCAUUUUCAAGAUUAUGGUCAGCGUAUGUUGACAAGUUUCUUCUUCCAGAUUUUUGGAAAGCAGACGCUAUGCAUGUUCUGCGGAGACUAAGACCAAAUGCGACAAGCUAUGGAAAAAAUUGUGUCAAUGAUAUAACAUUUUGUGAAUUUCUUAAAUAUAUUAGUUUGACACAUGUCAGAAAGAUGAAUAACCACUGGGAAAGAUUGCAUCGUGUGUGUAGCCCAUGUCAUGAACAAUUUGAUGUUAUCGGUAAAAUAGAGUCAUUUGCCUCGGAUGUCGACUAUAUAUUGACAAAGUUUAAUUUAGAUUCCCUAAAACGAAAUAUAUCGGAAACUAAUAUGGUUCAGGUUGAAAUAAUAACACUAAUUAAAUACAAUUUCGAUUUAGAAAGAAAAAUUGGACAACGAUGUUUCGACAAAAUUGAUGUUGCUAUGAGACUGUGGUUAGCUUUUCAAUUCAAUGGUUAUAUUGACAGAAAAAACGUUUUUCCGAAAACAUAUUUGUUAAAGACAAGAUUUUAUGAUUACCCAACAAAGAUUUUUCAAGAACUUGUCUUGAGAACAAUAGAAUACCAAAAUACAUUGGGAAUUGAUAUAUCUGGACAAAAACGAACAAUGAUGCAAGAGGCAUAUAGGAAUAUACCAAAAAGUUUACUUAAAGACAUAAUUUCUGUUUAUGAAUAUGAUUUUGAAUUAUUUGGGUAUAAAAACACUUUGUCUGACGAUUAAAAAUAUGUUUUUUUAUGAAGAUGUAUCUCCUAUAAACACUUAAACUAAUUAUAAAUAUCAAUUCUGUAUAGUAAAAUUAAGAAAGUGGCAUGCAAGUAUUCAUGAUUUCAAAAUUUUGUUCGUUAAAUUGAUCAACUUUUGAUCUUUUUUGAGUUUGUAUUGUAAAAUAAAAUGAAAAAGAAAUGUUUUUUUAUCUAUAAAACAUUUAAACCAUUUAAAUCAAAAACAAAAUUUUGUUAUUCAGUUUCGUUACAAUCUGUCAAGUUGAAAUCUUCAUUUCUUUUUCUAUUUUUCUAGUUAAAGCAAGCAUCUUAUUCAGCUAAUGUAAACA